AUGCAAAGCCUACGAGUUGCCAGACCAUUUCCUUCUCGCUUUGUGAAGACGGUUGCUCCACGUAUACAACGCCCGUACUCUACACCCUCAGCCGAGCACAACUAUGAGCACAUUCAACUCAGCACUCCCCGACCUGGUGUCGCCCUGAUCACCCUCAACAGACCCAAAGCCCUCAACGCUCUCUUCUCCCCUCUAAUCGAUGAACUCAACACCUGCACAUCCGCUCUCGACAAAGACUCCUCUAUCGCCGCCAUCGUCCUCACCGGUUCCCCUAAAGCCUUCGCCGCCGGCGCCGACAUCAAAGAGAUGGCCCCCAAGACCUUCUCCGACGCCUACGGUUCCGACUUCAUUGAAUCCUGGUCCAACCUCACUCACAUCAAGAAACCCGUCAUUGGAGCUGUAAACGGAUAUGCAUUGGGAGGUGGCUGUGAGUUGGCUAUGAUGUGCGAUAUCUUGUACGCAUCCAAGAGCGCUACUUUUGGUCAGCCCGAGAUCAAGCUGGGGAUUAUUCCUGGCGCUGGAGGCACGCAGAGACUCACCCGUGCGGUGGGCAAGGCAAAAGCUAUGGAGAUCAUUCUCACUGGCGACAACUUCUCGGGCGAGAAAGCUGAGCAGUGGGGUUUGGUGGCCAAGUGCUUUGAUACUGCAGAGGCUUGUGUCGAAGGUGCGUUGAACACUGCAGCAAAGAUUGCUGGAUACUCCAAGAUUGCGGUCAAGGCUUGCAAAGAGGCGGUUAACAAGAGUCAGGAUUUGGGUAUCAGGGAGGGUGUCGAGUAUGAGAGACGACUCUUCCAUGGACUUUUCGGAAGCCAGGAUCAAAAGAUUGGCAUGAAUGCUUUUGCUAACAAGAAGAAGGCUGAGUGGACACAUUCAUAG